AUGAUGAUCAUGUUGCAGAUUUUUUUAUUCGUGCUGGCGACGACGACGGUCAUGGCAAGACCCUCGUUUCACGGCCACGGUCUUGAGCCCGAUGAGCCUAAGCUCAUCUCACAGUCAGUGCAUCUGCAUGAAGUGCCGACCAAGGUGAUCAAGGUCAUCAAGACAGUAGCCAUCAAAAUCCCGGUGCCGUAUCCCGUUAAGGUACCUCAUCACAUUCCGUUUCCAGUGCCAGUGAAACAUCCCGUGGCGGUUCCGGUACCACAGAUAGUGAAAGUGCCGCAGCACGUGCCGGUGCCAGUAGAGAAACCAGUCCCAGUGGAACUGCAUCAACAGGUGCCAUUCUUGAUAUCCAAACCGGUGCCUGUGCCACAUCCCAUCCCCGUGCCUCAUCCGGUUACUUUGACCAAGCCGGUCUUCAUUCCGGUGCCAAAAGCGAUACCGAUCCCGCAGUCGAGUCACGACGAACACGAUGUUUCCGCCAAAGCUGGAGGCGAUCACGCUGGCUACGAGGCGGUCAACUACAACUCUUACACUGUCAACGUUCAAGGCCGUGAAGCAUACGACCAACAAAACGGCGAUCAGGCUCACUUCCAACCUUCCCAAUCCGACUACUCGGCGAAUCAUUAA